CAUCGGUAAUUUGAACAUUGACGUCACUGCAUAGUGAAAAUUGUGGCGGCCAUUCGGGACUUUUUCCUCGUUUAGUGUCGACCUUCACAAGCCGGGCCAAAUUAGAGGGGAAUCAGGGAGUUUGGGUAGAUUUUGAACCACAUAAACAUUACUAAGGUGAUAGUUAAGAAACGGCUUCAGCAUGGGGGAAAUUACAACGAGCAAAACGGAAGCAAAGGACCUGGACCAGUGGAUAGAGCAGUUGAUGGAGUGCAAGCAGCUACAGGAGACCCAAGUCAAAACGUUAUGUGACAAGGCAAAAGAGUACCUGACUAAGGAGUCCAACGUUCAAGAUGUCAAGUGUCCCGUCACGGUGUGCGGAGACGUCCACGGGCAGUUCCAUGACCUGAUGGAACUGUUUCGGAUCGGCGGUCGCUCGCCAGACACCAACUACCUGUUCAUGGGAGACUAUGUUGAUCGAGGGUACUACUCUGUGGAGACAGUCACUCUUUUAGUAGCUCUUAAGGUUCGUUUCCCGAAGCGAAUCACCAUUCUGCGAGGCAACCACGAAAGCCGACAGAUCACACAAGUAUAUGGGUUUUACGACGAAUGUCUACGGAAGUAUGGGAAUGCAAAUGUUUGGAAAUACUUCACAGAUUUGUUUGACUUCCUUCCUUUGACGGCCCUGGUGGAAGGACAGAUUUUCUGCCUACAUGGAGGAUUGUCCCCAUCUAUCGACACGCUGGACCAUAUCCGUGCCCUGGACCGUCUACAGGAGGUUCCCCACGAAGGUCCGAUGUGUGACCUGCUGUGGUCAGACCCUGAUGACAGGGGAGGCUGGGGCAUCUCCCCCCGGGGGGCAGGCUACACCUUUGGACAGGACAUCUCUGAGACCUUCAACCACAGCAACGGGCUCACCCUGGUGUCCAGAGCACAUCAGCUGGUCAUGGAGGGCUACAACUGGUGCCACGAUCGGAACGUGGUGACCAUCUUCAGUGCACCUAAUUACUGCUACCGCUGUGGCAACCAGGCCGCCAUCAUGGAACUGGACGACACUCUGAAGUACUCCUUCUUGCAGUUUGACCCCGCCCCACGCCGCGGCGAGCCACACGUCACGAGACGCACCCCCGACUACUUCCUGUAAACACUGAAGGUUCUCAACACCUGACCCACCCUCUUAAAAAGUGGACCAUACCCUGGCCAUAUACUAAACCACAAAAAAAAA